AUGACUGGUUUGCUGUCUUCUGAUUAUGUGGAGAUUCACUACGAAAAUGGGAAACCACAGUACUCUAAGGGUGGAGAACACUGUUACUAUCACGGGAGCAUCAGAGGCGUCAAAGACUCCAAGGUGGCCAUGUCGACCUGCAAUGGACUUCAUGGGAUGUUUGAAGAUAAUACCUUUGUGUAUAUGAUAGAGCCACUGGAGCUGAUUCACGAUGAGAAAAGCACAGGUCGACCACAUAUAAUUCAGAAAACCUUGGUGGGACAAUAUUCUAAACAAAUGAAGAAUCACAGUGUGGAAAGUGGUGACCAGUGGCCCUUUCUAUCUGAAUUGCAAUGGCUGAGAAGAAGGAAGAGAGCAGUGAAUCCAUCUCGUGGUGUGUUUGAAGAAAUGAAAUAUCUGGAACUUAUGAUUGUUAAUGAUCAUAAAAUGUAUAAGAGGCAUCGCUCUUCUCAUGCACAUACCAACAACUUUGCAAAGUCUGUGGUCAACCUUGUAGAUUCUAUUUACAAGGAGCAGCUCAAUACCAGGGUUGUCCUGGUGGCUGUAGAGACCUGGACUGAGAAGGAUCAUAUUGACAUCACCACCAACCCUGUGCAGAUGCUCCACGAGUUCUCCAAAUACCGGCAGCGAAUCAAACAGCAUGCUGAUGCCGUGCACCUUAUCUCGCAUGUGAUAUUCCACUAUAAGAGAAGCAGCCUGAGUUACUUUGGAGGUGUCUGUUCUCGCACAAGAGGAGUUGGUGUGAAUGAGUAUGGUCUUCCAAUGGCAGUGGCACAAGUGUUAUCGCAGAGCCUGGCUCAAAACCUUGGAAUCCAAUGGGAACCUUCUAGCAGAAAGUCAAAGUGUGACUGCACAGAAUCCUGGGGUGGCUGCAUCAUGGAGGAAACGGGGGUAUCCCAUUCCCGAAAAUUCUCAAAGUGCAGCAUUUUGGAAUAUAGAGACUUUUUACAGAGAGGGGGUGGAUCCUGCCUUUUCAACAGGCCAACCAAGCUGUUUGAGCCCACAGAAUNAGAAUGCUAUGGAUUGUGUUGCAAGAAAUGCUCUCUCUCCAAUGGGGCCCACUGCAGUGACGGGCCCUGCUGUAACAAUACCUCAUGUCUUUUUCAGCCAAGAGGGUAUGAAUGUCGGGAUGCUGUGAAUGGCUGUGAUAUUACUGAAUAUUGUACUGGAGACUCUGGCCAGUGCCCACCAAAUCUUCAUAAGCAAGAUGGAUAUGCAUGCAACCAAAAUCAGGGCCGCUGCUACAACGGCGAGUGCAAGACCAGGGACAACCAGUGUCAAUACAUCUGGGGAACAAAGGCUGCGGGGUCUGACAAGUUCUGUUAUGAAAAGCUGAAUACAGAAGGCACUGAGAAGGGCAACUGUGGGAAGAAUGGAGACCGAUGGAUCCAGUGCAGCAAACAUGAUGUGUUCUGUGGAUUUUUACUCUGUACCAAUCUUACUCGAGCUCCGCGUAUUGGUCAUCUUCAGGGUGAGAUUAUUCCAACUUCCUUCUACCAUCAAGGCCGGGUGAUUGACUGCAGUGGUGCUCACAUAAUAUUAGAUGAUGAUACAGAUAUGGGCUAUGUAGAAGAUGGAACGCCAUGUGGCCCGUCUAUGAUGUGUUUAGAUCGAAAGUGCCUGCAGAUUCAAGCCCUAAAUAUGAGCAGCUGCCCACUUGAUUCCAAGGGUAAAGUCUGUUCAGGCCAUGGGGUAUGUAGUAAUGAAGCCACCUGCAUCUGUGAUUUUACUUGGGCAGGGACAGACUGCAGUAUCCGGGAUCCAGUUAGAAACCUUCACCCUCCCAAGGAAGAAGGACCCAAGGGUCCUAGUGCCACCAAUCUCAUAAUAGGCUCCAUCGCUGGUGCCAUCCUGGUAGCAGCUAUUGUCCUUGGGGGCACAGGAUGGGGAUUUAAAAAUGUCAAGAAGAGGAGGUUCGACCCUACUCAGCAAGGCCCCAUCUGAAUCAGCUUUGCUGGAUGAGCACUGCCUCGCACUGUCGGAUUCUGGGUAUGACAUACUUGGAGCAAUGUUGCCAGAACUCUUAAGUC